AUUUGCAGGCUCAGCCAGAACCCAAACAAGUGUCUGCUACUCUGCAGACAAGUCUGAACAUGUUCAUGCAAAAGGUUGUUUAUGGAGUUAAGAUAGGUUUUAAUGUAGCUGUUUUUGUUUGUUUUUAAUUUACCUCGUGCAACUAUGGAUGAUGACCUUGAAAGACCUUGUCUAAGUUGCCAUCCUUGUUCAGAGAAACUUCCAAUAGUUCUUUCAAGUUCAGAAGACAGUAAAGCUAUUAUACAGGUACCAGCUUCAAUUUCCCAGUAUCUUCGUGACUACCAACGAGAUGGAGUGCGAUUUCUAUAUCAGAAGUUUAAAGACGGUGAGGGAGGAAUAUUGGCCGAUGACAUGGGUCUUGGAAAAACAAUACAAGCUAUUGCAUUCAUAGCUGCUGUUCUACUCAUGAAAGGUACGAAAGAGGAUAAGCUCAGACAUUGCUCCGAUUAUGUGAGACUUGAUUCUGCACCUGGUGUUGAAGUGCCAUCAUUAAAUCCCGUACUCAUCAUAUGCCCUGCAUCCCUCAUUGAGAAUUGGCAUGAGGAACUGACAACAUGGGCUUAUUUUAAGUGUUUUAAAAUGACAGCUCACAAUAGAUCGGAUCUUCUGACCAGAGCAAAGCUUAAACAGUAUGAUGUGCUCCUAGUCUCUCAUGACACUGCACGUCUAAGUAUUGAUUACUUGAAUUGUGUGGAUUGGACUUGUGUCAUUGUAGAUGAAGUACAUCGAAUAAAAGAUAGUCACUCCCAACUCACCAUGGCUUUGCAGUCUUUAAGAUGCAAACUUCGAUAUGGUUUAACAGGAACCCCAUUUCAGAACAAUUUAAAAGAAGUUUACUGUCUUCUGAAAUGGUCAAAUCCUCAAUCUGUUAAAGAAUUUGACACCAAUACGAUUUCAAGGUUGAUGGAAAAGGGCUUUAGAAACAGUGCAACCAAAAGGGAGACCACUGACAGUCUAAGGGCCCGUAGUAGAUUUCGAGAAGUGCGGAAUAAAUCGAUACUUCGUAGGACAAAAGAAAUUCUUGCCAAGCACUUGCCUUCAAAAACUGAUCAGGUAGUCUUUUGUGAACCUACAGAAAUUCAAAGAAAUAUUUAUCAAAUGAUAACCAAAUCUCCAUUCAUACAAAAUUUUCUUCAUGGAUGGAACAUAAAGGCUGGGAGGGAACAAAACCGCCUCAUCUUCCAGUUUUUAACGCUGCUCCAGAAAACAGCAAAUCAUGUUGGUCUUUUAGCUUCGGGUCUGUCAAGAGAAACAAAUAAAACUUCUUAUGAAAUCUGUUGUGAAGCUUUGAAAAAAUUUGCAAACCUUGAAAAUGUUCCUCAAAAAAAGUGGAUAGAUGCUCUGUCUGACAAUACCAUGUCAGGUAAAAUGCUGGUCCUCUCAAAACUUCUGCCACAAUUUUUAGAAAAAAAUGAUAAAGUUUUAAUUUUUUCAUCCUCCUUAAAACUGCUUGAUUUAAUUCAGAAGCACAUAGUCAAGGAAAGGUACACACAUUGUCGUCUUGAUGGAUCUACACCUGCUGAUGAUCGCUGUGCUAUGGUUAGAGCAUUUAAUACAUCACCUGACCAAGCAAUUUUUUUGGUAUCAACCAAAGCUGGAGGAGUUGGAUUGAACAUUACUGGUGCAAAUGUUGUCAUAAUAUUCGACCCUAGCUGGAAUCCUGCAAGCGACUUACAAGCUCAAGAUCGUGCUUACAGGCUGGGCCAACAACGUGAUGUACGAGUCUACCGUUUGUUGACUAUAUCUACUAUUGAAGAAUUUGUGUAUUGGCGCCAGGUUUAUAAACAACAGCGAGGCUCAGGCUUAUUGACUGAAAAAAAUGUGCGAAGGUAUUUUGAUAGUAUACAGGGAGAUCCCAAGUACAAUGGUGAACUCUUUGGUCUAAAGAAUCUAUUUUCCUUUUGUGAAAAUGACAGGAGUCUCACAGAGGAAAUACUUACAAAACAACAGGAACAAGAAGAAAGGUUGCUUCGUAAGCUCCAGGGAAAGUUUGGAGAGGAAAUCCCCAAUGCUUUCAUUUCUGAAUGCCCAAUUGCUGCAAGUAAAAGUGGGACACUGUGUGGAAAGAGUGGGUUAAGCGACCUAUGUGAGGAAGAUUUAGGAGUCGGUGAUUAUGACAAAUUUGUUGAUACAGCUCUGAAUGAAGAGCUUUUGAAAGAAGAUGAAGUAACCAACAUAAACACUAAAUUAAAAGAGACUGGUGUUGUAAGACAUGUUCUUGAACAUCAAGACAUUGUAGGUCCUAGUGUGGUUGAAGAUUUUGUAUCAGACUGUGCUGUUAGAGAUGUGUUGGAGAAACGAAAAAACUCACACUUACCAGCAUUUGACUGUUUCAUAGAAACCCAGGAGACUAUCACAGAAACAGCUGCAACUACAUCUACAGCUAACAGGAUAAAGUUCAAUAAAAUAGCAGAGAAAGAGUUUUUAACCCCAUACCAACUGGCCUUGAAAAUUAUGUCAUUUACAAAAGAAGAAAAAUCUACUUUUUCACAGAGGUAUGCGAAGAGUCAGAAGAGACAUCAGCCUGUGGUUGGAGACAGGAUGUCGGCAAGAAAGAGAUUUAGGGUACCCUUAAGUACCACCGAUUUGCUUGUUCCCGAUGGUAGUAGAAAUACUUCCAAUUCGCCUGUAAACAAGACAGUUUCUUCCUUCUUGUCUAAUCCCAGCAAAGAAGAUAAAAUGUCUCUAGAAAACAAGACUGUUUCUUGCUGCUUGGGUAAUGUCGACAGUGAAGCAACAGCUCCUCCAGAAAACAAGAUUAUUUCCUCCAAUUUGCCUAGUGUCAAUGAAGAAGCAAUCACUUUUGUGGAAGGUUUAUUUAGAAGUAAUAAGCCCUCUGGGCAAGGGGCAUCCUUCUGUGAAGAAUGCCCAUGUUGUUCCAACUCCAUGUACUUCCAUCUCCAACUCUUCAGGUGAAGACAGAAGUAAUAAGCCCUCUGGGCAUGGGCAUCCUUCUGUGAAGAAUGCCCAUGUUGUUCCAACUCCAUGUACUUCCAACUCCAACUCUUCAGGUGAAGACAGAAGUAAUAAGCCCUCUGGGCAUGGGCAUCCUUCUGUGAAGAAUGCCCAUGUUGUUCCAACUCCAUGUAAUUCCGACUCCAAUUCUUCAGGUGUAGACAGGGAGACAGGAUGCUCUCUCGGAGCCCUUUCACUGCUGGAUUCCCUAUUUUUUUCAGGUAGGGGAAGAAAUCCAAGUCCAAAGAAGUCUGAAUCAUCAAAAUCUUUUCCACCAGCACCGUUUAGUAGCGGCACUCAUUCUAUCUUGAAUAAUUCACUUUUAAAAGAUAUUUAUAACGAAUAACCCACCAAAGACUGAUGAGAUGACUGAUUUUAUAAUAUUUUUAUUUUAGAUAUGUUUUUAAUGCCCGUUUUAUUGUUUCAUGAAUUGUGUUUAAUUAAAUUCUACAUUUGUAUUAUAUUUGAGUAAUUUUAACUCAAGUUUUAAAGUUAUGAAAUACAUAUAUUUUAUGUACACUUGAAACAUGUUUUUUGGGGGAGGCUGGCUGGAGAUAGGAUAGUUAUUCUUUAAUGUCAAGGUUUUUUGAAAUGUAAAAUGAACAUGACCAUUUGAAGAGAUUGGUACAGUCCUAUGGAAAAUGUUUUUAUCACAAUGACGUUAUAGUGAUCGAUGAGAACACUAUUUGAUCAACCUGAGGUCACUGAUGAUGUCAAAGAACAGGGAUGUUAUUGUGACCCAAUUUCAUGAGGAAAAUGUUUUUAUGGGGAGGCUGAAAGUGUACUGUGCUUGCGUGUAGUGUAGAUCCUUAGUGUCAAGAGUAGUAACAUGUCUAAACUGCCAUGGGUCUAGCCAGUUCAUUUUAAUUUUAUCAAAGACUUUGAAACUGGAGAGGAUAAGGGAAACAUGCAGAUAUAAAACUGAAAUGACAUUUUUGUCAAGCAUCCAGAAAAUAUCAAGUGUGAUCCAUGUAAGUGGUAGUAGUAGAUGAGUGACUUCUGAUACCAAAGUUAGAGGCCAACACUUUUUUUUUAAAUUGUUGCUGAUCAAAUUUUAAAAGUUUUUUAACAUUCAUUAUGACAGGGUAGUAGUUUCAUUUAUUUUUAUAUGUUCCUUUGUAAUGUUUUCUACACUCAAACCUCUAUUUUUUGUUUUUGUUUGUUUACAAUACUGGUCUUGUGGUGACAUAAAAUGAUUUAACAGUUAAAAUUUUGAAAGUUUACACGUAUUAUUUACAAAGCAAUUGCGCGUAGUGUUUCAUUUGACAUUUAAUUUAAGAUUUUCUAAGUACAAGGCAAUAAACUGAAAAUAAUGCAA